UAGCGUUUAAACUCUGACACGAGAGAUAAACGGUUACAUUAAAAUUUACAGUGCAAUUUCGUUCUUCUUCAAGAAAAGUGUUUCUACGACACUUAAUGAAUCAACGUCGCUGUUAAGUCAUUAUUGUCAUUCAAGGUCUAUUUUAUUAAACUAGUUUUUUUAUUGUUGAAGAGUUAGUGAUUUAGUGUAAUUCUUUUGUGGAAGUCGAUGAGUUGGAGUUCUAACAUGAGCAUCGUUGGUAUUGUUUUCGCCGCUCUUGCAGUUGCUUUAGUUACGGCUGAUGAAAUUAGUGACUGCAGAUGUGUUCCAGGACAUGAAGCAAGAAAGGAUUUUGAUGGGGUAGUAAAAUGUCAUUUUCCUCCCAAUUUGAUAAUGCUUCCUUAUGAUUGUAAUAUAACAGACUAUCCUCCAUGCAUUUGUUCAGGUUCAACAGAACCUGAGAAAAUAUUAACGACUGCUAAGGGAUUCGAAUGUAAAGAAGUCGAACAAGUUAAACCCCUUAAGUUCAGGCGAUGGCCGUGUGAGAAUAAGGAAGAAUGGGAGAAAUACUAUGAGAAACAAAAAACUUUAUGAGGACUUAAAACCUAUACCCUAACAUUCGGCAUGAAUUCUAAAAUUAAAUUUAGUAAAUUACAUGUUUUGAAAUAAAUUUUUGCAAGUUGU